AUGAUCCCUUCACGAAGUGCCAGAAUCAUCGCAAAGCUACAACGACUACACUCGACUACUUCAGCCGCUUCAGUAUCUUCUAUUGAUGUAAAAGAGGUCGAAAAAUUCGGAGACUUGUCUGCAGAAUGGGCUGAUGAACUGGGUCCCUUCCACGCACUUCACUCAUUAAACAGGAUUCGAGUUCCUUGGAUUGUCGAUAAUGUUAGAAAAAGCGAUCAGAAGGCUCCUCCUCGAUUAGUGGACGUUGGAAGCGGAGGGGGUCUUUUGUCGAUUCCACUGGCCAGAAGUGGAUUCGAUGUUACAGGAAUUGAUGCGACGAAGCAAGCUGUAGAAGCUGCGAAUCAGUCCCUCACAGCGAAACCCCUUCAAAUUGCCGGAAUCUCGAAGCGCCUCCGGUUCGAGCAUACCAGCGUCGAGGAUUUCUGUCAGAAGCCACACAAUAAAUCGGCCUACGAUGCAGUCGUCGCUUCGGAAAUUGUCGAACACGUCGCCGAUCUUCCCGGAUUCAUUGGCUGCCUCGCUGAGCUGGCUCGCCCCGGUGCCCCGCUCUUCAUCACAACUAUCAACAGAACGUGGCUGAGCAAAUUGGCAGCUAUUUGGCUUGCAGAGAAUGUACUCAAAAUCGUGCCGCCCGGAGUCCACGACUGGGAAAAAUUCAUCACACCCGCCGAGCUCACUUCACAUCUCGAAAAAGCGGGUUGCCGGGUGACGGCGGUGCAUGGAUUAAUGUUUCAUCCGGUUGGAAAUCACUGGACAUGGAUCGAAUCGACUCAGUGUAAUUACGGAAUUUUGGCAGUGAAGAAUUAGAUUUGAAGAUUUUUUGUUUAGUGUUGCUAGUUUUUUUUUCAUGUUUCCAUAUGUUACUGGUGCUAUUUUUUUUAAUUUUCAAAAAAAAAAAUAAUUUGAGACCUAA